AUGACGCGCGCCCGCUUCGUGCUGGCCGUGAUCCUCGGGGCGCUCCCCGGAGUGCUCGGCGAUGACCCGGUGCCCGGCGCCCCGCUCCACCACCGCCACGCGCGCCCCGCGCGUCCCCGGGACCCUGCCUCCCUCCCCAGCCCGCGCUUCCCGCGGCCCCCGAGGGCGAUCCAUGCCCCGCGCCCCAACAUCCUCCCGGCGCCUCGAGGGGGCUGCCUGGCCCGCGACCCCUGGGUCAACGUGACAGAUGUGGGCGCCCCUUGUCUCCGCUGGGCAGAGGUGCCCCCGUUCCUGGAGCGCUCGCCCCCCGCCGGCUGGGCUGAGCUACGGGGACAGCGACACAACUGGUGCCGGAGCCCGGACGGUGCGGGAGGACCCUGGUGCUUCUACAGGGAUGCCCUGGGCAAGGUGGACUGGGGCUACUGCCGCUGCAGACGCGGCCCGGCAUUGCCGGCCGUUCGCCUUGUUGGUGGGAGCAGCGGGCGUGAAGGCCGAGUGGAGCUGUACCACGCUGGCCAGUGGGGAACCAUCUGUGAUGACCAGUGGGAUGAUGCAGAUGCAGAAGUGAUCUGCAGGCAGCUGGGCCUCAGUGGCAUUGCUAAAGCAUGGAAUGGGGCAUAUUUUGGGGAAGGAUCUGGCCCAAUAAUGUUGGAUGAAGUACGCUGCACUGGGAAUGAGCUUUCAAUUGAACAAUGUCCAAAGAGCUCCUGGGGGGAACAUAACUGUGGACAUAAAGAAGAUGCUGGUGUAUCCUGUGUGCCUCUGACAGAUGGGGUGAUCAGACUUGCAGGCGGAAAAGGCAGCCAUGAAGGCCGCCUGGAGAUAUACUAUCUGGGACAGUGGGGAACUGUCUGUGAUGAUGGCUGGACUGAGAUGAAUACAUACGUGGCUUGUCGGCAACUGGGAUUUAAAUAUGGCAAACAAGCCUCUGCAAACCAUCUUGAAGAGAGCACGGGUCCCAUAUGGCUGGAUGACGUCAGCUGCUCUGGAAAGGAAACCAGUUUCCUGCAGUGUUCCAGCAGACAGUGGGGAAAGCACGACUGCAGCCAUCGCGAAGAUGUGGGCAUUGCCUGCUACCCUGACGGCAGCGGGCACAGGGUGUCUUCUGGUUUUCCUAUCAGACUAAUGGAUGGAGAAAAUAAGAAAGAAGGACGUGUGGAAGUUUCUGUGAAUGGCCAGUGGGGAACAAUUUGUGAUGAUGGCUGGACUGAUAAAGAUGCAGUAGUGGUUUGUCGACAGCUCGGCUAUAAGGGUCCUGCGAGAGCAAGGUCCAUGGCUUAUUUUGGGGAAGGGAAAGGGCCCAUUCACAUGGAUAACGUGAAGUGCACAGGAAAUGAGAGGUCCCUGGCUGACUGUGUCAAACAGGACAUCGGAAGACACAACUGUCGCCAUAGUGAAGAUGCUGGAGUUAUAUGUGAUUAUUUUGGCAAGAAGUCAUCAAGUAAUGGUAAGAAAGAGACCCUCUCAUCUGUUUGUGGUUUGAGAUUGUUGCACCAUCGGCAGAAGAGGAUCAUUGGUGGAAGAAAUUCCUUAAGGGGCGGCUGGCCCUGGCAGGUUUCUCUCCGGCUGAGGUCUUCCUAUGGAGAUGGUAGGCUUCUUUGUGGGGCUACGCUCCUGAGUAGCUGCUGGGUCCUGACAGCUGCACACUGUUUCAAGAGGUAUGGUAACAGCACAAGGAACUAUGCUGUUCGAAUCGGGGAUUAUCAUACUCUAGUACCAGAGGAGUUUGAAGAAGAAAUUGGAGUUGAACAAAUUGUGAUUCACCGACAGUACAGACCAGACAGCAGUGACUAUGACAUUGCCCUGGUCAGGUUACAAGGACCAGAGGACCAGUGUGCCAGAUUUAGCACCCAUGUUUUGCCAGCCUGCUUACCCCUCUGGAGAGAGAGGCCACAGAAAACAGCUGCCAAUUGUUUCAUAACUGGAUGGGGAGACACAGGACGGGCAUACUCAAGAACACUUCAACAAGCACCAGUCCCCUUGCUUCCGAAGAGGUUUUGUGAGGAACGUUACAAGGGUCGAUUUACAGGGCGAAUGCUCUGUGCUGGAAACCUCCAUGAACACAGGCGUGUGGACAGCUGCCAGGGGGACAGUGGAGGCCCACUGAUGUGUGAAAGACAUGGAAAGAACUGGGUUGUGUAUGGAGUCACUUCCUGGGGUUAUGGUUGUGGAAUCAAAGACUCUCCUGGUGUUUAUACCAGAGUCUCAGCCUUUGUACCUUGGAUAAAAAGUAUUACCAAACUGCAAUUUAUGUAAACCUUAAGAGGAACAGCAAAGAAACUAAGCCAUGGACUACUGAAACUGAGAUCCAAGUCAUGCUUUCUGUCAUAAGAAUUGUGUGCUUGGGCUGGAGAAAUGGCUUAGCAAGCCUGAGAACCCACAUACACAGCUGGGUAUGAGCACACAUGCAAACUCCCAGACCAGUUAAAUCUUCAGCAAUGGAGGGGUACCUGGUUUCCCUCUGGUCACCAGGGGGAGUGUGCAAGGGUAGAGCACUACAAGAAGCAAAAAGAGCAUGUACUCCCUGCUGCCUUGGAGAAUUAAAGUUCUAGGUAACUAUACCUCAAUGUGGUAAUUCUUAGUGUCCAGAUUUUGGGCACUAUGAUGAAAGUCAAAAGCAUCCUCUUCUAAAUUCUCAGCACUCUCUACACUUUAUUUCCCAGUGAAGUAUUAUGCAAGUCCCAACCAUUAUGGGAAUUUCAGAAAAAAGUUGAGGAUAACCUACUAGCAAAUUUGACUUCUGGAAACACUGUUAAUUGAAUAUAUACAACCUACCAUCACCUUUACUAACCUUUUUUUCCUGUAAUUGUUCAGUUUUUGUUCAUUUUCAAAGCCAAUAUACAUUAUUUAUGGACUGCACUGCUUUAGAUCUUUUUUCAGUAAGAAAUCCUAGGUCUUCAAUAUGCUAUUUACUGGACAACUGUAGUUGAGCGCCAUCUGCUGGAACUUUCUAACAACAGACAAGCUUACAGGUUUCCAAGAUUAACCUGACAACUAAGACUCCAUUAAAAAUACUCUUCCCUACUCAUUAACCCACACACGUAAUAUGAAAACACUGCACCUAGCUGAGGUUAAGGUGAGAUGGCUGGAUGGUCUGAUUUCAAAUUACAGGAGAAUAUGAACUCUUUCAUGCUAAGGUGCUUUCUUUUGAUACUCCCACAAUUAAGACCAAUGUCUUGAAGCCUUCCUUAAAUCCCAAACUGCUCGUGACCAUUAGCAAGAUUUUUACCUUAUUUUCCUUCCUGCUUUAAAUUGUUUCUAAGUGCUAUUUUAUAAACACUGGUGCAUAAAUAUGGGUGCUUUGAGUUUUUUUCCAUUCUCAUUUAAACAUACAGUUAGCUGCACAUGGCACACCUGCAUAAGGGUUGGGGAGCCAUGCAGUUACCUUUCUGUGAAGAUAAACUGAUUUACUUGCACAAAGCCUUUGUCUUAGUAAACUGCCAAACUUCAUAGCGUGCACAUUUGAGACUGGAAAGGACUCCACUGUUAAAGCACUUGCCUACUCCCUAGUACCUGUGUAGCACCAAACACACAAGGUGGCGCGUGUAUCUUGGGUUCGUUUGUGGUGGAUAGACCCUGGUGUGCCCAUGCUAUCUGCUUCUUUCAAAUAAACAUUAGAAAAAGCA